CGACCCUCUCCGAUUUACUCCAGAAUAUCCAACCCGUGUUGCACAUCACCGUCCACCACAGCACAACCGCCACGAUGAGACCUACGCAAGCUCUUAUGGGAGGACCCAGCGUCCCCCACGGAAAGUACUCUCACUACCUCGGCUGGUGGGGACACAUUGGUGGCGAGAAGCAGAGAGGCAUCAUCACCUACGGCAUCACCCCCAACCGUCAGAACCCCUUCGCCGGCGCCGCCCACGACGCCGUCUUCAACACCUGGCGCCGCUUCAGCCACCAGGUCCUCUACUUCCUCCCUCCCCUGGUCGCCGGCUGGUACAUCAUGGACUGGGCCACCCACCGCAACCACUACCUGAACUCCAAGCAGGGCCGCGCCGAGUUCGGUGACGAGGAGUAAAUGUUCCUUUGUGAAGAAGGCGGACGACGAGUGCUAGAGGUGGACAACGAUUCCCUGUGUCAAAACACGUGUACAUCAACUACGUAGAGGGGGAGACAUGGAAUAGAGCCCCAUUUGGACGAUUUAAGCAUAUCACAUAUUCUAUGAUUGAGG